AUAAAUUGCAUGACUGCAAUUUUUUGUUAGCUGCAAUUGAACUUCAUUUGUGAGAAAUUCAUAAGUGAUUUCGGUUAGUAAAUAUUUUUUCUAGAAAUGACGAUUAUUAGUGAUAUUGUAAAUGAUUUAACUGGCAACAUUGAUCCAAGGCACGAUGGCUAUAUAACAGCAUCUCCAUACUUUCUAUGGGGAUUUUUGUUAACCUAUAUUUUUAUUAUUAAAGUACUUGGACCAAAACUAAUGAGAUUUAGGCAGCCAUAUCAAAUUAAAAAUCUUCUAAUUGGCUACAACUUUAUCCAAAUUCUAGUUAAUACGUUUCUUGUUUAUGAAGCCAUAAUUCUUUAUUUCUCAAAUUCAAAUUGGAUAUGUAUAGAUACGACAGAGAAAAAUCUUCUAGCAGAUGCAAGGAAACAUUAUUAUUAUCUCAAAAUACUCGACUGUGUUGAAACAGUUUUUUUCAUAUUGCGGAAAAAAUAUCAACAAGCUAGUUUUCUUCACAUAUACCACCAUGCUGGUAUUGUAUGCGCUGCUUUUUUGGCAUUUAGAUACGACUAUGGAGAUGCUCCAAUGAUAGUUGGUAGUUUAAAUGCACUAACACAUGUUCUUAUGUAUAUUUACUAUUUACUGAGUGCUAUAGAUUCCAGAUGGAGCAAGUACACCACAAUAAAGAAGAGUUUAACUUUAUUACAGAUUGUGCAACUGAAUGUGAUAUUGUUUUCGUUGACAAUAGCGAAACUUAUUCCAGGCUGUAUAUCAGUGCCAACGUAUAGUUUACUUAUAUGGAAUCUGCAAAAUGUGUUUAUGAUCAACUUAUUUGUAAGAUUUUACAUUAAAUCAUAUAUAAAUGGUCAAAAGAGUGUAGGUAAAAAAAACUAAUUGUAAUUAUUAAAUAAAUAUUAAUGUAUAAUAAA